UACUCGUAGCCACAUAUAAAGAUGGCGAUGAUAUUUUGCAACACUCUCUACUCUUCUUCUUCUCCAUCAUCUCUCUCGCCGUUAACAUUAACUUCAACUCCAACAAAACAGUCGCGAUUCCCAAAGAAUCUCAAAGCUCGAGCUCAAUUCCAGUCCAUGGAAGAUCACGACGACCAUCUCCGCCGCAAAUUCAUGGAGUUCCCGUACGUGUCACCCACGCGCAAGCAGCUUAUGGUUGAUCUCAUGUCGACGGUGGAGAAUCGCCUCCAAUCGCAACUCCUUCCCUGUAACCUCCCGCCGGAUGUACGAAACUUCAAUAACCCUAACGGUUCAGCCGAAGCAUCUCUUCACAUCAGAUCCGGCCAGAAAUCAUCUCCGAUUGAUUUUGUUAUAGGAAGUUGGAUACAUUGCAAGAUCCCAACAGGAGUAUCUCUGAAUAUAACAAGUAUCUCUGCAUUCUUAAACUCGUCAACAAAAGCUCCAAACUUUGUGGUCGAACUAAUACAGAGUAGUCCCGAGUCGCUCGUGCUAAUCCUUGACCUCCCACAUCGUAAAGAUCUCGUUCUUAACCCGGAUUAUCUCAAGGAAUAUUACCAAGACACUGCUCUUGAUUCUCAUCGCCAAUCUCUCCUUAAGCUACCUCAAGUCAAACCUUAUGUGUCUCCUUCGCUAUUUGUUCGCUCUGCUUUCUCUCCUACUGCUUCGAUGCUUAAGAUCGAUGCGCAGGAAGAGGAUAAGUUGGAGGAGAUCUUGAGAGAUCAUGUUAGUCCAGCUGCUAAGGAGGUUCUCGAGGUUUGGUUGGAGCGGUGUGCGAAGGAAGAAGAAGAGAAGAGAGUGAUUGGGGAUGAAGAGAGAAUGGAGUUGGAGAGAAGAGAUAAAAGCUUUAGAAGGAAGAGCAUAGAGGAAGAUUUGGAUUUGCAGUUUCCGAGAAUGUUUGGGGAUGAUGUUUCCUCACGUGUUGUACACGCUAUCAAAGAAGCAUUCGGUGUUCUUUAGAUCAUGUCACACUAUACAUCAGCUAAUGUUCAUUGUACUAAACAUAUUCUUUCAUCAAUGUUCCAUCAAUACUAAUCUCUGUCUUGAUAGACUCAA